AUUCUUUCCCGUCUCUUCGACCCUUGAUCGGUUGGCGUUCCUUCAAAUUUCUCUCGUUGUGUUCGAUUCGUGUACUGAUCAUCGCUAAAUGUCUUCUCUUGUUCGCCCUAACAGGAGCCCUAGCUUGGUUCCUCUCCCCUCGUAGCCACCUCAGGCGAUCGUCGAAGCAAGUCAUUGUUACUCCCAUCUCCGGGAGAACGAAAAAGGUGCUUCAUCACAACCCAGACAGUGUCACCAUCACAACCAUGGAGCAAACACUUGCAGAUGUUUCGGACAUCUUCGAUUCGGUGGUGUAUCUGGAUGAAUCCCUGCGCCAAGAGGGUUUCGAGGAUGGGUACAAGGAUGGUUUGGUUUCUGGCAAGGAGGAGGGGAAAGAAGUGGGGUUGAAGAUGGGUUUCCAAGUUGCGGAAGAGCUGGGCUUUUAUCAGGGCUGCGUUGAUGUGUGGAACUCAGUGAUCCAAGUUGACUCAGGAGCAUUCUCAUCCAGGCUCCAGAAGAGUGUCCAACAACUAGGAGAUCUGCUAAGGAAGUAUCCACUGUUGGACCCUGAAAAUGAGCAAGUUCAGGAGAUGAUGGAUGGUAUCAGACUAAAGUUCAGGAUUAUUUCGGCAAAUAUGGGUGUUAAGUUGGAAUAUAAAGGCUAUACGAAAUCGUCGGGGAUGGAGGAUAUGUAGGUACUAAGCAUAUUAUUUCCUAAUACAAAGAAUAUUGAUGGCUGGUGUCAUGUUGAUAUUGCUUCUGUUUAAUUGAUGUUUGGAGAUUGUGAACUAGUAGUUACCAUUCUUUUUAUAAGCAUCAGGUGGAUGAUUGGAUGUGA